CCUUGUGUCAAAACACAGAGGGAAAGCGGCAGGAGGCAGCAAAUCUGGGCUAGCUUUCAUUUUCGUGGGAGUAUUUAUAAAACCAGAUUUUCCAAUAACGUACACAUACCAUGACCGAACAAUCAGCGUUACUUCUUCGAAAACAACUUGCAGAGCUCAACAAGAACCCUGUGGAGGGCUUUUCGGCAGGUCUAAUAGAUGAUGACGACAUAUAUAAAUGGGAAGUUGUGAUCAUUGGUCCCCAGGAUACCCUUUUUGAAGGAGGGUUUUUUAAAGCAUAUCUAACCUUCCCCUAUGAUUAUCCUCUUCGACCUCCAAAGAUGAAGUUCAUAACUGAAAUAUGGCACCCGAAUGUUGCAAAAAAUGGGGAUGUUUGCAUCUCCAUCCUGCAUGAGCCUGGAGAGGAUAAAUUUGGCUAUGAGAAGCCCGAAGAGCGCUGGCUGCCCAUCCACACGGUUGAGACAAUCAUGAUUAGUGUUAUCUCCAUGUUGGCAGACCCCAACAGUGAUUCACCAGCUAAUGUAGAUGCUGCAAAAGAGUGGAGGGAGGACCCAAACGGGGAAUUCAAGAGAAAAGUGGCUCGUUGUGUAAGAAAAAGUCAAGAGAUGGCCUUUGACUAGAAGCCCAUUGUGAAUUCCAGGUUUAUGGAAAUGCCUCCAGAGGGAAACGUUCCAACUUGCGUGCCCCUUGUUUUGCAAGACAAAAGGAAUUGGGUGGAACCUGGUUUCUGCGAGCGGUUGUCAUUUAUCACAAGAAGAGCAAAUUGGAGAACACUACCAGCGAAAUUCACUUACUUCCUACAUGGAAUUGUAUAUUUAAUUUUAUUUAUUUUGGAAAACUAAUGAUGUAAAAUAUGUCACUACUGUAAAUUAACUUCCUUUUUUUAUCUGCUGCUGAACAGUUUCUACUUUAUACUACCAAAUUUCUUAUGCAAUUUAGUGGUCAAUAUUGAGUCGAACAAAUGAAAGCCUGUUACCUUUUAAACAUCACGCCCUGUGCUCACUACUACAUACUGUACUUGUCAGCCCAGCAUAUCUUGUCAAUAGAUGUGACUUGUGAUUUCCAGCACUGUCAUUGACCCACUGUUGCCUUUUAUUGGCGUUAUUUCAUCACUCUGCUUAUUGUUCAGAAAGAGAGGAUGACAUUUCUGUGGCACUUAUACGUCUUUUAUUUCAUUAUUUAUUUUAGAAACAGCGACCUGCUAGUAUUAGCUAUCUCUGCAAGGGUAGCAAUGACUCAAACGUGCAUGAUCCCUUCAAAAACUCUUGCGUCUUGUCUAAUUGUCGUUGUGAAAGGAAUGGCUUACUGUGCUUUGAGAGCCACGAUCUUCUCGUAUAUAAUCUUAUUGCACACGCGUGGCUGACAUUAACACUAGGUGUGUGCCAACAUCUCAGGAUUAAACUCUAAUGUUGCAAUUAGCACUCUGGGGGAUACUUAAAGUUCCUCAUGGCCUUUCUUGGCCAAUUAAAAUUUCUUUCAACUACCACAACCAAAAACAGUCUGUGGAGAAAAGUGUACAAGCUGUGAUGAUUCUGGUUGGGUAGUGUGUAGUGCUGUGGCAUCUGGAAUUUACCUCAAUCUGGUUGUUGAGUUCUCAAUGUGGGGAUGUUUGGGGGCUACAUUGUAGAAUUAGACUAGCUGUUAGUAUGUUGUUGCGCAUUGGGCUUUUUUGUGGAUAGGUUUCACAAUUUUAAGAGGGUUUAGAUGCUGAGGAUUGUAAGUAGAUUGACAGGUAAAACUUUCAUCACCUUCACCUUUUCCUGGUGCACAUUUAGCCAACAUGUAUCAUGUUAAAAGUUCAGAAUUUGUUUUUUGUUUUGCAUGAGAUUGACCAAACACCAUUUGUCAUUGGAGAAAGACACAAUUCUGCAUGUACGUUUUACUUUAAAUAAAGUACACUGGUCAAAAAAAAAAAAAAAAAAAAAAUUUCCCCCUCCGUAAUGCCAUCUACACCGAUACAGACUGAUUACAAAAUAAGCAUCCUUUGGCACAUGCAAUCAGGGUUGAAUGAGUUGAGUAUGUGAAGGAUACUAUUUACAAUGUACAUCCUGGAUGAAUGUGAUGUAUAUUCUUAGUAGACUUAAUCAUGUUACUGCUGUCGUUUUACGUCAUUUUCUAACCUACCAUGACCUCUGACCGGUGUUCACUGUAUAUGCACAGAUUCAGUGCGUUUUUCAAACGUCAUCAAGCAAUAUGCUCUGAAAAUGGUGUCCAGGGAAUCCACCCUAUAAUGUUGCUACUUGUUUUGUUUUCCAUUUUUUGUCAACGCAAUGUACAUUGGACAUGAUGCUCAAUAAAGUGUGUAAAACAAGU